GCUGGGAUUGGGGCGGGACUAAGCGCCGAGGCUUCCGGUUCCGAGGACACAGCCUAGGUCCGGGGAGUUUUGCUUCCGAGGUCGAAGUGAGUGGCGCGUGCGAGCGACCCACGCUGCGGGCGGAGAGCGAGCCGGGGAGACGCGGGCAGAAGCAGAGAGGGGGCCUCCUUUGGUCCCCGGGGCUGCAGGAGGCGUGCGGUGGCGCUCCAGCCCCGCGGAGGGGCGCCGCGAGGGGCGGGACGGCGGAGAGGCUCGUCGUCGGGGCUGGAGCAGGGCACUGCAGAAAGGAUGCCAGCGGGCGGGGAGCCGAGGGUGGCCUGGAGGGGCCGUGGAGGGGCCGCGGAGGGCCGGAGAUGACACCGAGAACGGCCCGGGGAGCGCGGUGGGGAGGGAAAGGACCGCUGCGGCAAGGGAGCCGUGCUAGAGGGACCUAGCUGUGCGCGGCUCGUGUAGCUGGUCCCAGCAGUGAAGUAGGCAUGUAGAGGGGCCGAAGGAGACUCUGGGGUGUUCAGGAGGAAGACUUGGAGGCGACAAAGAAAGCACCAAGAGUGAGCCCCUGUCGAGUGCUGGAGGAGCCGCAGGGUCUGGCGUAGUGAGGGAAGGCAGGCGCCUAGGCAUUUGGGGUACUACUUCCUCCGUUUGACUAGAAAUGUGGGUGCUCCUCCGAGGUGGGUACCCCUUCCGUACCUUGUUGUCCUUGCGUGGGGAAUGGGUAGGUCGCAGAGGCCUGCCGCGGAGCUUGGUCCCAGGUCCUCCUCGAAGACGGUACAGGAAGGAGGCCCUCCCAGCCUUGGAGGUAGCAGUGUUGCCUGUAACUACAACCGAAAUCCGCCAGUAUUUGCGGGCGCAUGGGAUCCCCUUCCAGGAUGGCCACAGCUGCCUGCAGGCACCCAGCCCCUUCACGGGGACCUCCCAGCUCAAGGACUACAGUCUGUUUAUUGACAAGACCACAGGCCGCUUUCUCUGCACCACCAGCCUGGCGGAGGGGAGUUGGGAAGACUUUCAGGCCAGCGUGGAGGGGCGAGGAGAUGAGUCCAGAGAGGGAGUCUUGCUUGGUGAGGCCCCAGAAGCUGGGGACAGUGAAGAGAUCCAGAGGAUCUGGGACCGGGCAGUACCUCUCUGGGAGCUGCCUGAUGCAGAGGAGGCCCGGCUGGCUCGUCUGAUGUUUGGCCUUACCAAGGUGACAGAUGACACUCUCAGGCGUUUCAGCGUGCGGUAUCUGCGGCCAGCGCGCAGCCUCGUCUUCCCUUGGUUCUUCCCAAGGGGCUUGGGACUACGAGGCCUGAAACUCCUAGGGGCUGAAGGCCAGGGGGAUGCUGUGCGCUACGUGGAGACCACCAUUCCCCGGCCUGGUGCCUACCACAACCUGUUCGGAUUACCCCUCAUCAGUCGUCGAGAUGUCGAGGUAGUGCUGACGAGUCGUGAGCUGGACAGCCUGGCCGUGAGCCAGUCCACAGGGCAGCCCACCCUUGCCCUUCCCCGAGGAACAGCCUGCCUGCCCCCCACCUUACUCCCUUACCUCGAACAGUUCCGACGUAUUGUGUUCUGGCUGGGGGACGACCUUCGGUCCUGGGAGGCUGCCAAGUUGUUUGCCCGGAAACUGAACCCCAAACGAUGCUCCUUGGUGCGGCCUGGGGACCAGCAGCCCAGUCCCCUGGAGGCCCUGAAUCAAGGCUUAAACCUCUCUCGUGUUCUUCGUACCGCCCUGCCUGCCUGGCACAAGUCUAUCGUGUCUUUCCGGCAGCUUCGCGAGGAGGUGCUAGGAGAACUGUCCAACGUGGAGCAGGUAGCCGGCAUCCACUGGAGUCGCUUCCCAGACCUCAAUCGGCUCUUGAAAGGGCAUCGUAAGGGCGAGCUGACAGUCUUCACAGGGCCCACAGGCAGUGGAAAGACGACGUUCAUCAGUGAGUAUGCCCUGGAUUUGUGUACCCAGGGGGUGAACACGCUCUGGGGUAGCUUCGAGAUCAGCAAUGUGAGACUGGCACGGGUCAUGCUGACACAGUUCGCUGUGGGACGGCUGGAAGAGCAGCUGGACAAAUACGACGAGUGGGCCGACCGCUUUGAGGACUUGCCCCUCUAUUUCAUGACUUUCCACGGGCAGCAGAGUAUCAGGACUGUAAUAGACACAAUGCAGCAUGCAGUCUACGUCUACGACAUUUCUCAUGUGGUCAUCGACAACCUGCAGUUCAUGAUGGGUCACGAGCAGCUGUCCACAGACAGGAUCGCAGCUCAAGAUUACAUCAUCGGGGCCUUUCGGAAGUUUGCUACAGAUAAUAGCUGCCAUGUGACACUGGUCAUUCAUCCCCGGAAGGAGGAUGAUGACAAGGAACUGCAGACGGCAUCCAUUUUUGGCUCAGCCAAAGCAAGCCAGGAGGCCGACAACGUGCUGAUCCUGCAGGACAGGAAGCUGGUGACUGGGCCAGGGAAACGGUAUCUGCAGGUCGCCAAGAACCGCUUCGAUGGAGAUGUCGGCGUCUUUCCCCUUGAGUUCAAUAAGAGCUCCCUCACCUUCUCCAUCCCACCGAAGAGCAAGGCCCGGCUCAAGAAGAUCAAAGAUGACAACGGGCUAGUAGCCAAAAAGCCCUCUUCUGGCAAAAAGGGGGCUGCGUCCCGGAACUCUGAGACUUGUUCAGGCCAACCUCCCAACCCCUGCCAACCAGGGACUGCCAAGACUUCAAAGUGAAGGCAGUGCAGAGCUGCUCACUGAGGUGUCCAAUGGGCAGGCUGGGGCACAGGCCCUUCCUGGCUCUCUGGGAGGGCUCCGCUGUCCUGUGGUCCUGUGCAGUCCUGUAUCUACAGCACUGAAGAGAGGUGGUCUCUCCUUCCAUGCUGCCUGCGUUCUGGCGGGAGAGGCAGGAGCAGCGAACAAGUCAAUUCACAAUGGUGGUAGACAGUGAACAGUGCCAGGCACGGCGCACACCUGUCGUCCCAGCUGCUAAAGCAGAGGCAGGAGGAUUACAAGGUCAAAGCCAACCUGGACAAUAUAGGGAGACCCUGUCUCAAAGAAACACGGUCUGCUGAGAUAGUGAAAAUGCUGUAAAGAAAAUAGUAAUGAGGGACUAGCAGGUGGUGUGGUAGCUAAGUUGCUGAGUUCCCACAUGGCUGACAGCAGUUCGAGUCCUGGGCCUGGUAGCUAGAAAAUCACAGCAGGUGUGUGUGCGUUCGUGCCCAAAAUCCCAGGAGGAGGAUUGUGUCAUGGUGUGACUUCUCUCUUUAUCUCUCCUUCUCUCUGGCAAGCACACACUAUAGCAAAAACCUUAAAAAAAAAAAGUAAUGUGAAAGUGUGAUUGCAGGCUAGUUUAGGCUAAGUUUCUAAAAAGUAUCUGUGAGUAGAAAGCGUGUGAGCAGGAGCCUGGAGAACUGUGAAGAAUGAGCCCUGCGGAUAUGCAGGGCAAAGGGGAUCCGGGCAGAGCAAAGUAAGUAGAGCCCUGAGGUGGAAGGAGCGCGUUGGGUUCAAGGAGUGAGGUCAGGCCUGCGGGGUGGGGGAGACAGUGCUGCGACUCCAGUGCAGUGUUCCGAAGCUGAAAGGUGACGGGGAGUCCCAGGCCUUAUGCUCCCACUGUGGAGAGCUCGGCAUGAGGUGGCACUUGCUAGAAUCGAUGCCGAGUCAGUAAUAGCAGGGUCCCAAAGGUGGACGUGACCUCCACUGGGAUGCCUGGCCAUGGAUCCGUGAAAGGGUGCCAUGAGCCCAGAGCGCCUACCCCUGGAUGCUGAUUCCAGACCGCGUCCUCAGCCCUCGAGUUAGGACGUUUUGUAGAGCCUUUCCAGAUUUACUGGGGAAAAAAAAUUAUUUUUUCCAUUGCC